AGGCGCUUUCACGGCAGUUCAGCCCUGCUGCCUGUGUGUGGCAACCGGGGUAAGCUGGACAACUGGGGGAAAUGCGAGAUUGUGGAGAGUACCAUGUUACGCUUUUAAAGAAUCUCCAGCCUCUUCGAGUCGGAAGACAGAUUUUGUUUGGGAGCAUAUAUUUUUUUUCUCUUUUUGGGAUUAACCAGCCACAAAAGGCGCACAUUCCUCGGAGGUUCGUGGCUGAGAAUAAAGUAGUUUAAUCGAGCCCGACCGCACCAAAUUUUCUCCCAACUGCUCCCCCAGUCUGGCUGGGUGCGCUCCGAAGAGAGAGAGGAUGCUUGUCGAGAGCUGCGUCCACCACGCUUACAUUAGGAGGGAUUAAGCGCAUGAAUUAUAGCCCUACUCUUGUUUUUUUCUUCAGGAACAAAAGUCGGACGGACGGUCAGGACGCACGCACGGGAUUUUCACGACCUCCCCUGCCCCCCCCUCCACCCCCCUGCCUGCUGAGACCGGUGUGACUGUGAGCACAUUUCAACCAUUUUGCCAAAGGACCUGCACACUGGAGAGAUAAACAAAGGAUACAUUUCAAGAUGUAUCCACAAGGCCGACAUCCGGCUCCACAUCAGCCCGGUCAGCCUGGCUUCAAAUUCACUGUAGCAGAGUCUUGUGACAGAAUUAAAGAUGAAUUUCAGUUCCUCCAAGCCCAGUAUCACAGUCUUAAGGUGGAGUAUGACAAACUGGCCAAUGAGAAGACGGAGAUGCAACGCCACUAUGUCAUGUAUUACGAGAUGUCCUACGGGCUGAACAUAGAGAUGCACAAACAGACGGAGAUUGCCAAACGGCUCAACGCAAUUUUAGCUCAAAUUAUGCCUUUCCUGUCACAAGAGCACCAACAGCAGGUUGCUCAGGCAGUGGAGCGGGCUAAGCAGGUGACUAUGACUGAGCUGAAUGCUAUCAUCGGGGUACGUGGACUUCCCAAUCUGCCUCUCACCCAGCAGCAGCUCCAGGCACAGCAUCUCUCCCAUGCUGCUCACGGGCCUCCGGUCCAGCUGCCACCUCACCCCUCAGGCCUGCCGCCGCCUGGCAUCCCUCCUGUGACAGGCUCCGGAUCAGGCCUGCUGGCACUCGGUGCCCUGGGAAGCCAAGCCCACCUCCCAGUGAAGGAUGAGAAGAACCACCAUGAUCUGGAGCACAGAGAGAACACGAAUAACUCCGUAUCCCCCUCCGAAAGUUUACGCACAGCCAGUGAGAAGCACCGCAGCUCCUCUGACUACAGUUUGGACUCUAAGAAACGCAAAGUGGAUGAGAAGGACAGCAUGAGCAGAUAUGACAGUGAUGGAGAGAAAAGUGAUGACCUGGUGGUAGAUGUGUCUAAUGAGGACCCUGCCACUCCGCGGGCAAGCCCAGCCCACUCGCCCCCUGAAAAUGGCAUCGACAAGCCCCGCCCUCCAAAGAAAGACACACCCAACAGCCCUGCGUCAGUGGCAUCCUCUGGAAGCACCCCAUCAUCCAAGGCCAAGGAGCUCAGUCAUAAUGACAAAUCCUCCACGCCUGGCCUCAAGUCCAACACCCCCACCCCCCGCAACGAUGCCCCCACCCCUGGCACCAGCUCCACUCCCGGGCUCAGACCCAUCCUGGGCAAACCACCAGGCAUGGAGGCUCUUGCAGCCCCAGCUUUGCGGACCCCUCUGUCCAUCGCAGGCUCCUACCCUACCCCCUUUGCCAUGAUGGGCCAUCAUGAAAUGAACGGAGGCCUGACGAGUCCUGGUGUGUAUGCUGGUCUGCACAUCUCCCCUCAGAUGAGCGCUGCAGCAGCUGCAGCCUAUGGACGCUCCCCCAUGGGGUUUGAUCCUCACACCCACAUGAGAGCUCCAGGCCUUCCAGCCAGCCUCACAUCCAUCUCUGGUGGCAAACCGGCUUACUCCUUCCACGUCAGCGCAGAUGGUCAGAUGCAGCCCGUGCCCUUCCCACCCGAUGCCCUCAUCGGCCCCGGUAUCCCACGCCACGCCCGACAGAUCAACACGCUGAGCCAUGGCGAGGUGGUGUGCGCUGUUACCAUUAGCAACCCCACACGUCAUGUCUACACUGGUGGCAAAGGCUGUGUCAAAAUCUGGGACAUCAGCCAACCUGGCAGCAAGAGCCCGGUGUCCCAACUGGACUGUCUGAACAGGGAUAACUACAUCCGCUCCUGUAAGCUGCUGCCUGAUGGUCGCACAUUGAUUGUUGGAGGCGAGGCCAGCACAUUGACCAUCUGGGAUCUGGCCUCUCAGACACCCCGCAUCAAGGCUGAGCUCACCUCCUCAGCCCCGGCAUGCUACGCCUUGGCCAUCAGCCCUGAUGCCAAAGUCUGCUUCUCCUGCUGCAGUGAUGGGAACAUUGCCGUUUGGGACCUGCACAACCAGACUCUCGUCAGGCAGUUCCAGGGUCACACGGAUGGUGCUAGCUGUAUCGACAUAUCCCAUGACGGCACUAAGCUGUGGACAGGCGGUCUUGACAACACUGUUCGCUCCUGGGAUCUGAGGGAGGGUCGACAGCUGCAGCAGCAUGACUUCACUUCACAGAUCUUCUCCUUGGGCUACUGUCCGACUGGAGAGUGGCUGGCUGUGGGCAUGGAGAGCAGCAACGUGGAGGUGCUCCACCACUCAAAGCCUGACAAGUAUCAGCUCCACCUGCACGAGAGCUGUGUCCUCUCCCUCAAGUUCGCCUAUUGUGGUAAAUGGUUCGUAAGCACUGGGAAGGACAAUCUGUUGAAUGCUUGGAGGACUCCGUAUGGCGCCAGCAUAUUCCAGUCCAAGGAAUCCUCAUCUGUCCUCAGCUGUGACAUCUCGACAGAUGACAAGUAUAUUGUGACAGGCUCUGGUGACAAGAAGGCCACUGUAUAUGAAGUGAUCUACUAGAACAGACUGCUUUGGAUGGGAGCAUGCUCGUGCUCAGGAACAGUAGACUCUUCUCCAUCUACCUUCCCUCACACAGACAGCAUGGAUGUUGCCUGCAGCCCCGGGGUGGAUGGGCAGGAAGUUUGGCAGUGCCAGACUGAAGUGGACGUUGGUGCUGUUGUGGCCGUGGAUGCUGUGACCUUCGGCUCUGCCCUUCCUCACUCAUACAACUAACACUUGUACAGCAAGUGCAGUUCCCCAAGGCACUAAGAAGAAAAUAAUGUCUUGCUGUUUUUCUGUUUGUUGGAUAUUUCUUUUUUUAUUCGUCCUUUUUAAUGUGGAGAUAAAGUUCCAUGACACAACUAGAAGCGGCGCUUCGCUCUGGAGCUUCUCCCUUGGAGGUCCUGUGAAAAGUGUACAUAAUGGAGUAAUAAAAGGCCUUUUAUAGAUU